GUCCAGUUUGGUCAAAUGGUCCCUGAACAGGUCAUCCUGCCUGAUAUUCCUUGCUGCAGGCCUUCCCACGGGGCUCUCCCUUGGCUGACUUUCCCAGGUGUUCCCACAGGCUGGCCUAACACAGUCUUGGCAGUGGCAGCAAAUCCCAAGGAUGACUUUCUGUGCCAGGCUGAGGUGGAGGAGACACUGAAGCGAAUCCAGAGCCAAAAAGGAGUGCAGGGAAUCAUCGUGGUUAAUUCGGAAGGUAUCCCUAUCAAAAGCACCAUGGACAACUCCACAACCAUCCAGUACGCCGGGCUCAUGCACAGCUUCAUCAUGAAGGCGCGGAGCACCGUGCGGGACAUCGACCCCCAGAACGACCUCACCUUCCUGCGCAUCCGCUCCAAGAAAAACGAGAUCAUGGUUGCUCCAGAUAAAGACUAUUUCCUGAUUGUCAUCCAGAAUCCAACUGAAUGAUGGCACUGACUCGAUCUGGUUUUUUUCACUUUGCCCAACUAUUCUUUUUUAUUUAAUGGUAAAAAAUAGAGCAUUAGUGUUAACUGUGCUGUGCCACUCCAGUAAGGUUUGGAAAAGCAAAAGCAGGUGGUUUGUUGUCUACAAACAGCAAAAAUGGCACUUUUUUUUUUUUUUUUUUUUGUAUCACAAGUCGUUUCAAGGGGGAGCUGGUGAGUUAGAACUGGGCAGUAAAAAAUGCAACAGAUUCUUUUAAUAGCUAAGAAAAUAAUAUAAUAAAAUCCUAAUAAUAAUCUGAAAAGGACUAUUUGUUGUAUGCCUCCAUGCCUCUGUCACCACUGAGCUCUGCUUUGACACUACUAGUUUUGAAUGGCUGUAAAUAUGACUCUGCCUGUCCUCUAGUUCUGUCUUACUCUGUUGGUUUAACUUCCAAAGGGUCUGACCGUAUCAAAUUAAAAUGUGUCACCAGUGA